AUGGCCACCUCUCACUCGGUGCCGCAUCGCCGCCUCCAGUCGGGCGGCUACCUCCCCAUCGAGGACUAUGGCAUCGUCGGCAACAUGCACACCUGUGCCCUCGUCGGCCUCGACGGCAGCAUCGAUUUCAUGUGCUGGCCAGACUUUGACUCGCCCUCGGUCUUCUGUCGCCUGCUUGACAAGAACAAGGGCGGCUACUUUGGCAUCUCUCCAGCUCCAGACAUUGGCUGCACCACCAAGCAGCAGUACUUGCCCUCCUCGUGCAUUCUGCAAACGAGGUACAUUCACGAGGACGGCGUCGUGGACGUUGUUGACUUCUUUCCCCGGCCCAAGAGCGCCAAGGUCAUGACCAAGGGCUACAAGCAAAACGCCUAUCGCGAGGCCACGAAUGUGCAGGAAGAGCUCAAGAAAUGGACCGUACGACGAGUGGAGUGUAUCCGCGGCUCGUUGCCCAUAGAUGUUGAAAUAUUCCCUGCUUUUGGCUAUGGCUUGGAGCCACAUCAAACGACUCUCUUGUGUGACAAACACACUUGUGAGCGCCGCCAGAGCAAAAUGGCAACCUUCCACAGCAAGCAUGUCCAGCUUCAACUUGACGUUGCGGUUGACACGUCAGCCGGCCAAAGCUAUCCGGAUAUUCCGUUCCAGAAAGUCAUGAGAGAAGGCAUGCUUGGCGAAGGCAUCACAUCUCGCUUCACUCUGUCUGCUGGCCAAUCUGUUUCUUUCAUCCUGCGAAAUGACAUUCCCAACCACAUCACGGAAAUCAUCACAGACGAAGUCUUGGACAUUCAGCAGCACGAUACGCAGAUGUUCUGGUACAACUUCAUCUCCCAGUCCAAGUACAAGGGGCGAUGGAGAGAAGUCGUUUCUCGAAGUCUCAUGAUCUUGAAGUUACUUACAUACGUAGAACCCACUGGCGCCAUCAUUGCCGCCCCUACCUUCUCACUGCCCGAAGACAUAGGAGGCGUGAGAAACUGGGACUACCGUUACUCUUGGGUCCGAGACUCCAGCUUCACCAUCUACAUCCUCCUCCGCCUGGGGUUCAAAGCCGAGGCGGACGCCUACAUGGAGUUCAUCAUGGAGCGCUUUACUCAGUCGGUAGGGCCAGAUGGUGGAUUGCCCAUCAUGUUUACUAUUCGCGGGGAGACUGAUAUUCCUGAAAUCACCCUGGAUCACUUCGAGGGCUACCGAGGCAGUGCCCCUGUCCGUAUCGGCAACGGCGCCGCCUUUCACCUCCAGUUUGAUGUGUACGGCGAAUUGAUGGACUCCAUCUACUUGUAUAACAAGUACGGGAAGCCGGUAUCUUGGGACAUUUGGUGCGCUGUUCGGCGAAUGCUUGACUACGUCUUGACCAUUAUUGGCCAAACCGACAUGUCUAUCUGGGAGGUGCGAGGCGAUAAGCAACGCUUCACCAUCUCGCAAAUCAUGCUCUGGGUGGCAUUUGACCGCGGCCUUCGGCUUGCCGACAAGAGAUGCCUCCCAUGUCCGAACAGGGCAAAGUGGCUAGAAGCCCGCGAUAGCCUUUACGAGGAAAUUAUGGAAAAAGGAUACAACAAGGAAAUGAAAUCAUUUAUUCAGAGCUUCGAAGCCAAUACCGUACUGGACUCGUCCAUUUUGUUGGCUCCUCUUGUAUUCUUCAUCGCCCCUAGCGACCCCCGUUUUACGAGUACGCUCAACCGAAUCAUGCUGCCGCCAGAGGAGGGAGGACUGACGAGCACCGGGCUGGUGUUUCGCUAUGAUACCGACCAGUCAGAUGACGGCGUGGGAGGAAGAGACGGAGCCUUCUCCAUCUGCACGUUCUGGCUGGUCGAGGCCAUGACGCGCGCAAGCAUCCACGAACCCAAGUACCUGCCUCGGGCCUUGAAUCUCUUCCAGAACAUGCUCCAGUUUUCAAACCACCUGUCCAUGUUUUCGGAAGAGAUUUCUCGAAGUGGCGAGCAGCUGGGCAACACGCCGCAGGCAUUCAGCCACUUGUCGCUGAUCAGCGCGGCUUUCAACCUUGACCGUGUGUUUGAAGGAUGGCAAGAUUCUCACUGA